GAAGAAGCAGAAGCAGAAGCAGCAGCGGCAGCAGCAGAUAUGAGUGGGGGAGAUGUGGUGUACGCGGGCUGGCUGAGAAAGUCGCCUCCUGAAAAGAAGUUACGACGUUACGCAUGGAAGAAGCGGUGGUUUGUUCUCCGAAGUGGUCGUAUGACAGGCGACCCAGAUGUGUUGGAGUACUACAAGAAUGAAAAUGCAAAGAAGCCCAUUCGUGUGAUAGACCUUAACUUGUGUGAGCAGGUUGAUGCUGGGCUGACUUUCAACAAGAAGGACUUGGAGCACAGCUUCAUCUUUGACAUCAAGACCAUUGACCGUGUGUUCUACUUGGUGGCAGACACUGAGGAGGACAUGAACAAGUGGGUGCGCUGCAUUUGUGACAUCUGUGGCUUCAACCCCACUGAUGACGAUGCAGCAAAGGCUACUCACCAGUCGGCCAUAGGAGGCUCAGUGGUGGAUACCCCGCCUCACCCGGCAUUGGGCAGUGUGGUUGGCCCAGCAGCAACCAUGUUGACCGCUGUGCCCCCUCCAUAUCACCCGGUUAGUGUGCGCCAUCUGGAUUCCCAGUCCAGCAUUGAGGAGCCCCAGGACUACUUGUGGCUAGUACACUGUGAGAGCAAGAAGCCCGAACCCAACAGAGCCCACGCUGAGUGUUCCAAGUCUACCUCUUCAGAGACGGACCUGAAUGAUAACCUCCCUUCCCACCGCACACCAACAUCCUCGACCUCCUCAGCCAAACACACCUCACACAAUGGCUUCUUCCCCCAACAUCCAGCCCCCGCCUCCGCUUCUUCCAUUUAUGACUCGCCGCCGUCACGUGGUGCAUCCCUCUCAGCUGACAGCGGCUUCUACCACCUCCCUCGCAGUUACUCUCAGGACACUGUGCUGCUUCCGAAGUCAGCCUCCUCUCCUUCUGCCCAUCCAGACAAUGGGGAUGCCUCGGACCUAUACGUUUUCAACACACCGUCUAGGAAGCCCUCCAUGGAGACGCAGAUGCGCAACCUCUCGGUCAGCUACGACAUCCCGCCUACUCCCGGUGCCAACUCCACAUACCAGGUGCCUCGCACAUUGCCUUCCUCAGCAGGAGCGGUGGGCUCAGAGGGUGUGGGAGAUGUAGUGCCUCCUCCUAGACCGCCUAAGCCUUCACUCAGCUCCACCUCAGGACCCCCACCGCCUCCAGCUGAGCGCUCACCCACAGACAGCUAUUGUGUGCCCCGCUCAGCCUCCGAGACUGAUGGGAACUACUGUGUUCCCACCAGUGCUGGGAGUAAAGCACUACGCAGCAACACUAUUGGUUCAAUGGACUCCUCACGCCUCCGGAAAGAUUUUGGAUCCCAGGACUGCUAUGACAUCCCCAGGUCAUUUCCCUCUGACAAAAGCUGCUCUUUUGACUUCAACGAAAGCUUUAACAGCUAUUUUAAAAACAAAGGCAUGUUGCCUGUUGGUAGCCAGUCCACUGAGGAGGUUGACCAGAACUAUGUGCCAAUGAGUGCCAACUCCCCAUCGCAUCAUCACUCAGGCAGCCUGUCAGAGCCCAUGCAGGAGCCCAACUAUGUGCCAAUGACUCCAGGCACCGUGGAGUUCUCCUCCCUGGGAAAGCAGGUCCCCCCACCUGCCCACAUGGGCUUCCGCUCCAGUCCCAAGACCCCUCCUCGCAGGCCCAUGCUCAUCAGUGACUGUCAGCCCCCACCUGUGGACCGGAACCUCAAACCUGACCGUAAAGGUCAGAGUCCUAAAAUAAUAAGAGCAAAGGGUGUCGGUUUAGAGCGAACUGACUCGCAAACCGUAGGUGAAUUUCCAAGGGGACGACGCAAGGGUAAACCCGCCCCACUGGAGAUCAAACCACUACCAGAAUUUGAGGAGCCCUGUGCACCUGUCCGCUCACCUGUCACACGGUCAUUUGCGCGGGAUCCCUCUAGGUUUCCCAUACCGCCGAGACCCCCGUCAGUGCAUAGCACGGCCUCCAGCACUGACUCCGAGGACUGUGAUGAGCAUUAUGUAGCCAUGAUCUCUAAUAUGUCAACAGAUGAACCAAACCUGAAGCUAGGCGCACCCAUGGCUGCAGACGAGGGGAGCAGCCCCAUGGUGAAGCCGAAGGGAGAGAAGCAGGUGGAGUACCUGGACUUGGACCUGGACCCUGGCAAGUCUACCCCACCUAGGAAGAGGAAAAGCAACGGGAGCGGCAUGGCGGCAUCAGAUGAGCGUGUGGACUACGUGGUUGUGGAUCAGCAACGGACACAGGCCCUCAAGAGCACCCGGGAGGCAUGGAAUGAUGGGCGCCAGUCCACAGAGACAGACACCCCCACCAAGGGGCCAAAGUGACCCCCCCACCCCCCCCUGACUACCACCACACCCUGACCCCUAUCCCGCUGGACCUUAAGACACUAACGCAGGCGCUGGUUGGGCACUCGUGGCCAUGUCAUGUCACCUUCCAACUCACUGAGAUCCUAAGUCUGUUGGGGCCAGUGGAGCACCAUAUCCACUGAAUUUCCUUUAGUUUACACUGCUGUCGGGCCAAGGGCAGCAAAGCGACCCCGGUGUUACGAAGGGGUGUGGGCCAGGAAUAAGCUGUAUGCAAGGAUGGAAGCAAGUGGAAAGAAGGAUGGGGACCCGUCUUCUGGGUUGGAGUUGGCGCAAAUACACGACAUUUGUCUGAAUACAUACUGCCUCCGAAGUUGGAUUUUAGUUAGAAAGGCUGACAGGAGGACGCAGAGAUGGUGUCCUGAAAUGACAGUGCUGUUAAAUAAUAUUUUCAAGGCUCAGCAAUUUUCGGUUUUUAUUUUUCAAAGUCAUCCAGCAUGCGGAAUUUCACCACAAGAGGACACUGUUACAUAACCUCACACGAACAGGAACAACUUUUGGAUCCGUGGAAACAUAAAAUCUGGGUGUUUUUCGGUGAAAAUCAGUAAAAACCGAAAAUGCUAAGCCUUGAAUAUUUUGGAAGACUUGUGUGAAAUAAUUUAAUGAUAUGAUUACAACACUUGUCUUGUACAAUACCUAACUGUCAGAGAUGGUUGAAAGUGGUUGAUUUCCUCAAGUGCGAUUUUUUUUUUUCAUGACCACUGAUCAGAAAUCAGUUUUACAGUUUCUUCACUAACAGUACAGUUAGUAAGGGUGGCUGAGAACUGAUUCUCAAUUGGUGCUUAUGGAAAACGUCAACAUGAUUGUUAGAAAAACAAGGUACACCAUCUGUACAUUUAACCAGGCCACGGGUUUGAUAUUGGCAUACUAGAUAUUCUCUUUUCAAUGCAAAAAGCAGUUCAACUCGAGAUCGUUUUAAGAAACGCAACCGAGCGCUCAGUCCGAACUUUGGGAUUUACUCAAAGCUUCAUUUAAUCCACUGAAAUUUUUUUUGUUUCCUAGUUACUAUGUAAGUCAAACUGCUUCAGUCUUUUUUUUUGAAAGGAAGGGCAAAGACCAUGUACAAAAGUGUUAUGUAUAUAAACAGAAAAAAAGUGUCCUUUAUUUGUAUGAAAUAUCUAGUGUGUUUGACCUGGAGAAAAAGAGCAUGUGGAUUCUGCAGGGUAGAAUCCUCUGCAACAUGCAAGACGGCAACCAGACUUGUGAGAACUGAAUGAAUCACUGUGAGUUUUUAUAAGGAAGUUAACAGGCUUUCUAAAAAAUAAAAAAAAAAGUUAUGCAAAAAGGUAUCAAACUUAGGCUAGAGAGAGUUAAGAUCAGGUACUCUUUGGGAACGCAUUCUAAUUCAGCUGUCCACCUCUAAUUUAUUUUUCUAGUUAUUUCAUUAGGUGGACUUUCUAUCCACCGCUAGCUCAGUGGUCCGAGUCCACGCAGACGAAGAUCUGCUAUAAUGGAGACGCUUAAUUUGACGGCCGCCGGUCAAUUAGUUUCAGAAGUGCGUUUUUAAUUCCUCAUCCUGUCUCGUCUUAGGUUUAAUUUAUUUCAAAAUGGAGUGGCAUACACUUUUGGGAAAUAUGACUGCCUUAUCUUGUCGACUUUGACGCGUCUUCUGUAGAUACUUCUUUUUUUUCCUGAAUAGACGUUUGCAUUACUAACCUUUCAGCUGUGACUCGGACGUCCCAAGCAUGUUGCUACCACGAGAGAUUUUUUAUUUUUAUUUUGCUGUAUAUAUUUGCCGUCAACUUACUCAAGCAUGUCAACUGAGCUGAAAACUGUGCCUACUAUGUCAUCUUCAUCCUUGCUCAUUAUUCCUCUGUCGUGGUCUCGUUGUGACGUAGACUGCAGCUCUGAUGACGCUUUAUCUUUUUUAAUAAAUCUAGCAAAAUGUCAAUUAAGUGGACUAAAUAAAAAUACAAUCUUU